AUAUAUAUAUUGUGUGUACAUACCUGGUUACUUUGGACCGUUGUGGCAUAUCGAUUUUGUUUUCUUAAUUUUAUUAAUGUUAUAGUCGUUUAAACGAUUUUCCACGAACUUGAAAGAUGUCCACGAAAUCUCCAGUGGAUUUGCGAUCGGAAUUGGCGGAAUUAGUGAAACGCAAAGCCGAGAUUGCUGAGACGUUAGCCAACUUGGAACGUCAAAUAUAUGCCUUCGAGGGAAGCUAUUUAGAGGACACUCAAUUGUAUGGAAAUAUAAUAAGAGGUUGGGAUAGAUAUUUAGCGAGUAACAAAAAUACCAACAGUAAAGCUGAUAAGCGUAACAGGAAAUUUAAAGAGGCAGAGAGAUUAUUUUCUAAAUCGUCCAUUACAUCCAUGGCAGCGGUUAGCGGACUCGUUGAGAAUACACAAGAAAAAAUUGAACGAUACAGCGAAUCAGAGUCUCAGAUUGGGAAUAGCGGCAGCGAGGACAAUUGCAACUUUGGCAAUUCAAAUGCGAUUCCUUCCAGCAAUAACAAAGAAGCUAGUGGAAAAAAUCAUACUUCUAUUCAAACCGGACAUGUCCAAAAUAGUGGCGCUCUCAAUAGCUCGGACAAUGCUUCGAUUCAAUUUACAAAUGGAUCGAUGUCCAAUGGAAAUUUAGAACAUAUUGCCACACCUAUCAAAGAAUGUCACAGUAAUAGUAAAGACUCCAAAAAUAAAUCUGGAAAUAGCGCGAAAAAGAAUAGCAAUAAAAGAGCUAGGAAUAGGUAGAAAUAGGUGGAAAUUCUAAUAACAUGUGCGUUAAUGAGACACGUGUUAAUUCUAUGUUUCUUCCUUUCUUUCUUUUAUUAACCGAUAUAGACAUUAUGUUUGUCAUUUAUGAAUUCUUUUUCACUUGUAAUCUUCACAUCGUAUUUGAUGUUUGUUGCACAAGGCCUGAGAUACUAUCAUUAGGCAUAGAUAUCCAUUUUUUGCAUAACGGAAACAAAAAAUAUUUCCAUUUUAAUAUAAAACUAUAUGAUUAAAUUAACACAUUUUGUCUCCUAAGCUAAACAACAAAAAAAUUUAGUUUUAUUGUAUUUUUUUGUAUCGUGCAGCUAUAUGCUUGUUUUGCUAUAAAUAGGGUGUUUCCUAAGUAAGUAGAUAAACUUGAAGGAGAGACAUUCCUUGGCUUAUUUUAAGAAAAAAUGUUCUAUAAACAUGUGUCCUAAACUGGUUCGUUUUCAAAAUACAUGCAGGGUAUCAAAGAUGUACCAGGUGGUACAUCAAAGAUGCUCCUGGUGGAUCUAAAAAUGUUUUAUCGGUACUAGAAAAUGAUUCUUAAUACCACACACGUAUGUACGCAUACCAAAUUUGAAUAAAAUAUCUUUAACCGCUUUCCAGAUUUUCGAAAUUUUCAUUUUUCUUCCACAAUUUUGACUGUAUUUUGAAAACGAAGCAGUUUAGGACACAUGUUUAUAGGACCUUGUAUUCUUAAAAUCAGCCAAAGAAUAUCGCCCCUUCAAGUUAUAUAGUAUAUAUAUAGUAUAUAUACUACAAGCAUAGCUAGCACACAUUCCACAAUUAUGUAAAAGUACAUUUCGUAUUUAUAACGUUUCUUGCAGUAUUAAAGCUUUUUAGAAGCUAUUUUUAAAUUUUAUGAAAAAAAAGUAUUAAAGUACAAGAUAUAUUCACGAGAUACACACGCACGCGUGCAAGUUAAUAACCUUAAAAUAAUAUAUGACUCCUAUGCGUUGCAUGUGUACGUGCACGCGUGUGCAAAUGUGUAUAUGUGUGUGUCUGACCGAAGUAAUUAACAUUGCAAAUUGUAUGUAAUUCUACAUACACACACACACACACACACACACACAUACAAUUUUUUAAUAAAAAUAAUUUAUUUAACAAAAUAUGUACCGACUCAAAGUUUUAAUUUAAUUUGUAUUAUAAUGCUAAUUGAUAUACCGAAUUGCCAAAUGAUAAAAUUACCACGUAUGGUAAUCACGAUUUUAUAUAAUUUACGACUACAUAAACGAAAAAUAAAUAACAAGGAUAAAAAUAACAUGGAGAAAAAUAAAUAAUAAAAUAGAUAAGAAUGUCGUAUCUCUCGAUCUUUAAGCUCUAAAGAUUUAAUUUUGAAUUACUGCAAUGAGAGGUCCGAAUUUAAAUGUUAACUCGUAAUCUUACAUACACUUUAUACUUUAAGAAUAAUAAAACUAGAUUUUCUUUA